AGAUGGGUGCGAAGCGCCCUAUAAGGCUAGUAUUAAAUAUUUGAUUCCCGGAGAAAUGUUGAAUCACGGGUUUGCGCUUUUACAGCGUAACAAUUGUAAUAAAAUGUUAUGGGGAAUUUCAAGAUUUGUUUUCAUUAUUUAAGCAAAUGUAUAAAAACCAGGCCUUUGUUUCGUUUAUUUACAAAGAAAAAAUCAUUUUUUUCCCAGAAAAAUAAGACAUGGUUGACCUGCCUUCAGGUUUGAAUGCGGCGAGGGGGCUGGAGAUUGCAACGAUGAUAAUGAAUGUGCUGGUCCUCUAGUUUGUGGAAAUAACAACUGUUUAGUGUACCACAAUAGGACAGGUAUGUGGGAUGAUGAUGAUGAUUGUUGUGAAAGAAUGUGUACCCCUCAACAUCCUUGUAAAGAAGGAGGUGGAAUCUGUUUAACGGAUACCGAUUGUAAGAGUUCCUUAGGGUUAAUCUGUGGAGUUGGAACAUGUUUAAAUACAACUUAUUUUCCAAGACACGUGUUCCCGAGGAAUUCAGAAACAUUUGGAUUUAACAUUAGCAGUAGUUGCUGUUAUAGACCUUGUAAUGAAAGAUAUUAUAAAUGUUCCCAAGGAGAAGAGGGAUGCCUAACUGAUAAUGAUUGCGCAACUGGACUGUUCUGUAAAUUUGGACCCAGUGGUGUAUCGUAUUGUGAAGAUAUAGAUGAAUGUGACCCUCUCCAUAAAUCACGUGGUGGUGGAUCUUAUUGUGGACCUCACACAAACUGUACCAACAUGAUUGGAAGUUACAUCUGUACAUGUUUACCGGGAUAUACGGACUUGGUUCACCAUGGAGGCUGUGUAGAUCAAAAUGAAUGUAGCAUCGAAAAUAUAUGUGGAGGGUGGGCUGAAUGCAUAAACACGAAGGGUAGCUAUAUCUGUGCUUGUAAUACCGGAUAUAUACAGAACAGUAGAACUGGAACAUGUGAUGAUAUUGAUGAAUGUACUACCGAUUAUGGACCAGAUUACUGCAGAUCUAAUGCUAUCUGUGUGAACAAUGAUGGUGGGUUUGGCUGUAAAUGUUUGGCAGGGUUUGACAGCUUUCAAAAAUAUAUUGGUUGCUCUGAUGUUGAUGAAUGCUCUAAUGGUGGCUAUAACUGUGGAGCAAAUACUGACGAUGUGUGCCAAAAUACUAUUGGAAGUUACACCUGCCAGUGCUUACCUGGAUUUGAAUUAUGGGAACCAAAGAUAGGCUGUAUAGACAUUAAUGAGUGUAUCCAGGGUUUAUAUGAAUGCGGUGAGAAUACCCUAACUCCGUCAUACAGAUACUGCUACAAUACAAUUGGAAGCUAUUAUUGUUCCUGCAAGACUGGGUUUGGAAACUGGACCCAUCUCCUUGGUUGCUCAGACACUGAUGAGUGUGCUUUAGAUUUGGUUGACUGUGGAUAUAAUACGGAUACAUGUAUCAAUAAUAUUGGUAGUUACACCUGCACUUGUAAACCAGGUUAUGGUUCAUGGUCUAAAUCUUAUGGAUGUUACGAUAUAAAUGAGUGUAACACAGGUUCAAGCUCUUGUGGAGUAAACACAAUAUCCUGCUACAAUACCCCAGGGGCGUACUACUGCUCUUGUAAAACUGGAUUUGAAAACUGGAAAGAAGGAGAAGGAUGUACAGAUCGAGACGAGUGUGCUGAACUAGUAGACUGUGGAUAUAAUACGGAUACAUGUAUCAAUACUAUUGGUAGUUACACCUGCACUUGUAAACUAGGUUAUGGUUCAUGGUCUAAAUCCUAUGGAUGUUAUGAUAUUAAUGAAUGUAACACAGGUUCAAGCUCGUGUGGAGCAAACACAAUAUCCUGCUACAAUACCCCAGGGGCGUACUACUGCUCUUGUAAAACUGGAUUUGAGAACUGGAAAGAAGGAGAGGGAUGUACAGAUCGAGACGAGUGUGCUGAACUAGUAGACUGCGGAUACAAUACAGAUACAUGUAUCAAUAAUAUUGGUAGUUACACCUGCACCUGUAACCCAGGUUAUGGUUCAUGGUCUAAAUCCUAUGGAUGUUAUGAUAUAAAUGAGUGUAACACAGGUUCAAGCUCGUGUGGAGCAAACACAGUAUCCUGCUACAAUACUCCAGGGGCGUACUACUGCUCUUGUAAAACUGGAUUUGAAAACUGGAAAGUUUCAGCUGGGUGUACAGACAAGGAUGAAUGUUUGACAGUAAACUGUGGACCAAACAGCUUAUGUAACAACACUGUUGGAAGCUAUUUAUGUGUUUGCAUGAAUGGAUUUACUGACUGGAGGAGCUCGUUGUCCGGCUGUAGUGAUAUUGACGAGUGUAAACUAGGUUUCCACAACUGUACUGGAAGCUUCCCAGCUUGUUUAAACUCCUUUGGAAGUUAUGAAUGUGGAGCCCUUGUAAAGCUGACAGGUGGAUCCACUGCUUCAGAAGGAAAUGUAAAUAUUUGGAAUGAAUUGACUCUAAGAUACGAAGGAGUUUGUGAUGAUUAUUGGGAUAUCCUGGAUGCCGAGGUUGCCUGUAGAUGGCUAGGGUUUCAAGGAGGGUUGCCUAGGAAUGAAAGCUAUUAUGGUCUAGAAUCCUACUAUACAAUGGAUGAUGUCGAAUGUACAGGAGAUGAGAGUAGUCUAUUUAGCUGUGAAUAUACAGAUAUAGAUAACUGUGAUGAAUAUGAGGCAGCAGGAGUAGAAUGUAUUUAACUAAAAUAGAAAUAAAUAAUAAAAACAUA